AUGGAUUGGUGGGUUUGGGCUACAAUCAUAAGCAUUUUAGCGGUUUUUUAUAUUGUGAAGAAAAGAAGGACUAUAAUAGUAACAGAUAUUAUUUUUUAUCCCAUAAAAUCUUGUCAAGGGAUACAUCUAAAUAUAGCGGAAAUAGGAGAAUCCGGAAUAGUAAUGGACAGAGAAUGGGCGAUAUUGGAUGAGAAAGAUAAUAUUGUUGACCAAAAAUUAAACCCAAAUCUAGCUAGGCUAAAGCCGUCGAUUAUUAAUGACAAAGAUUCCUGCCCACAAUUUUUAGUUUUAAGCUACCCAAAGUUUCAAGAUUUUGCAUUAAAAAUUAACGAAAAUAAAGUUUCGUCCAUUUUUGAAGUAGAUUUAGAAGAAAUGAAAGGAGAAGUCUUAGAUGAAGGCCCUGAGGUCGCUAGAUGGCUAAGCGAAGUAUUUGGGAAAGAUUAUAGGCUAUGCAAAUUGAUAAGGCAAAGAGAUUUAAGCGACCACCCGAAUUAUGGAAAUUUAGAAGAAGGAGAAUUUAAGCUGAGUUUUAAUUGUGAAGGACAAUUUCUGAUUACUUCAGAAGAAAGUCUUCAGUAUAUGCUGCAGAGCCUUUCAGAAGACAAAAGAGGGUUAUUUGACAUGGAUUCAUUUAGACCUAAUAUUGUGGUAAAAAAUUGUCAGCCGUUUGAAGAGGAUAAUUGAGGAAAUUUUGAAAUUGAUGGAGUGAAGUUUAGUGGGGUACGACUUUGUGAUAGAUGUAGAAUGACAACAAUGCAUAAGGAUACACUGCAGCAGGAUCCUAAGUUUGAGCCAGUUACUACAAUGAGAAGGAUACAUGGGAGCGGAAUUAAAGCUUUUUUCGGCUUGCUAGCUGUAAAGAGAAAUACAGGAAUCAUUAGAAAAAAUUCAGUUUUGACGGUAAAAUCUAUACAAAAGAGGACAGAUGCAAGUGUGUCACCUUUUAAGUAA